CACACUUGGCUUUCAGCUUCUGGUUAUCCUCAACCUCUGCUUUCUCUCUCCUGUCUCUCUCUCUCUCUCUCUCUCUUCAGCCAUGUCCACUUUGCUCUCUAUGCUGCAAGAUGUAGAAGCGGUGGUGUACACGCUGUAGCUGAACAAGCUCGCACCACGAGGGAACGGAUUAUUUGUUUUUUAGUAGAAUCAAUUCAACAGGGCUCUGGUCCAGGAAUUUGUGUCUGCUAUUAGAUUGUUGCUGGACGUGCCAUGUGUGUUUGAUUGUUGAUUUUUUUGGCGGUGAUUUUGUCUGAUAGUUUAUUGGAUUGAGUUAUGAGAGAUCUGAGGAGUGAUUAGUGUGUUUGAAGAUAUGGAUGCUUCCGAGGCGUUGAUCAAGGCGUACGACGAGAAUUUCGGGCCAGAGAACGGGAGUUCGGUAUCCGGGAAAGUUGAUGCUGAAACGGCGUUGUACACAGAGCUAUGGAGGGCGUGCGCAGGUCCUUUAGUGACUGUGCCUCGUGAACAAGAGCUUGUUUUCUACUUUCCUCAGGGUCAUAUAGAACAGGUUGAGGCGUCGACUAAUCAAAGUGCUGACCAGCAGUUGCCCAUGUAUAACCUUCCCCCGAAGAUCCUCUGUCGAGUUGCUGAUGUUAAGUUGAAGGCUGAACCGGACACGGAUGAGGUUUUUGCUCAAGUAACUUUGUUGCCCCAACCUAUUCAAGAUGAGAGUGCAGUAAAGAAAGAACUCCCCCCACCCCCGCCUCCUCAUUUUCAAGUCCAUUCCUUUUGUAAAACUCUUACUGCAUCAGAUACGAGCACUCAUGGUGGGUUCUCAGUGCUGAGACGGCAUGCCGAUGAAUGCUUACCCCCACUGGACAUGUCGAGGCAACCUCCCACGCAGGAAUUGGUGGCCAAGGAUUUGCAUGGAAAUGAAUGGCGAUUCAGGCACAUUUUCCGUGGUCAACCUAGGCGACACCUUCUUCAGAGUGGUUGGAGUGUCUUUGUUAGCUCGAAGAGGCUUGUUGCAGGGGAUGCCUUUAUAUUUUUGAGAGGAGAGAAUGGGGAGCUUCGCGUUGGUGUCAGACGCGCAAUGAGACAACAGAGUAAUGCUCCGUCAUCAGUCAUAUCUAGCCACAGCAUGCAUCUCGGUGUUUUAGCAACUGCUUGGCAUGCCAUUCAGACCAAAACAAUGUUUACAAUAUAUUACAAGCCAAGGACAAGCCCGUCUGAGUUCAUUGUCCCAUAUGAUCAAUACAUGGAGUCUAUUAAAAACAACUAUUCAAUAGGAAUGAGAUUUAAAAUGAAAUUUGAAGGUGAAGAAGCUCCGGAGCAGAGGUUUACUGGAACAAUUAUCGGUAUUGAAGAUGCUGAUGCAAAAAGGUGGCCCGAGUCUAGAUGGAGAUCUCUAAAGGUGAAGUGGGAUGAAACUUCAGCAAUUCCUCGUCCAGAGAGAGUUUCGCCAUGGAAAAUCAAACAAGCACUUUCUCCUCCGGCUUUGAAUCCGCUUCCCGUGCCUAGACCAAAAAGGUCUCGGUCCAAUGUUUUGGCUUCAUCAUCUGACUCUUCAAUUCUCACCCGAGAAGGUCAAUUUAAGGUGACGGCAGACCCUUCGCCUACCAUUGUUUAUCCAAGGGACUUGCAAGGCCAAGAACCACCAACUAUGAGAAGCUCCUUUGCUGAGCACAAUAGGCCGGACUCUUUGGAGACGCCGUUGCUAUGGAAUCCAAUUUUGGAUAAUGGCAAGACCGAUAUUGCUGCUUUGAGAAGAUGCCAAGCAGAUAAGAAGGUUCCUUUAGUGCAUCCAGAACAAUCGUUCACCGAUCUUUUAUCAGGCUUUGGUUCACAAACCUAUUCCCGUGACUUCAGUAAGCCUUUCGGCGAUCAAGCUGCUUCGAAGGGACAAUUUCAAGGUCUCGAUCCAAGUUUCAGCUUAAUUGGGAACAACUGGUCUAUUAGCCCUGGUCUUUCACUUAAGCUGAUGGAUCCUAGCUUGAAGAAUUAUAUGCAAGGUUCGAAUCAGACAAGCAGAAAUGCUCGAUACGGUGCUUUCGAAGAGAUUUGCAUGAACACGGAUUCUAGAGGUGAAUAUCAACAGGCAGAUUGUUGGAUGACCUCGCCUGUUUCGCAUUACCAUCAUCCACCGGUUGCUCGGUCGAGAGAACUCGUGCCAAGAUCUUUAUUUCCGCAACAGCAUGAUAAUGCUGUGAAGGCCAAGGAGGGGGACUGCAAGCUUUUUGGUAUCUCACUCACAAGCCAUUCUGCGCCGCUGGGAGCAUCACAGCUGCAGAAAGGCGUGGCAAUCGAGUCGUUGGAUCACAUGCAGCCUGAAUUCGCAUCUGAUCAAAGGUCUCAUCAAUUAAAAGGUUUGAAAGAACAAGAGAAUCAGCAUCAAACCUUUCCUUCUGUCGACAGAGACCUGCAGAACAAAGGCCAUUCUUCUUCGACAAGAAGUUGCACCAAGGUUCAUAAACAGGGGUCUGCCCUUGGAAGAUCAGUGGAUCUAGCCAAGUUUGGCAACUACGACGACUUGAUAUCUGAAUUGGAUGACCUCUUUGAAUUCAACGGUGAACUCAAGGCCAAGAACAGGAACUGGCUGGUCGUCUACACCGACGCUGAAGAAGACAUGAUGCUUGUUGGAGACGAUCCAUGGGAGGAAUUUUGUGGCAUGGUUCACAAGAUACUAAUCCUUACGAAAGAAGAGGUUCAGCAGAUCAAUCCCGGAACCUUCAAUCAUAAGGGCGAAGAAACCCCAUUGGUAGCAGAAGGCAUGGAAGCUAAAGAAGUGAAGAAUUUGCCAGCAACAUCAUCAAGCCAAUAAAAAUCUAAAGAGGCAUCAAAGAGCGAGAAGAACCACUGCACCUGGCGUGAUUCUCUUAUACAUGGAUAUAGAUGAUGACUUCUUCGAUAUUUUUCAAUUUUGAACCCCUUUUCGUUCUCAAUUAUACAUAUGCCCUAAGUUCUUAAGUACACAAUAUGACAUAUAUGAGCUUGGUGCCUAGCUGCCUCUGUACAUAUUAUACCCACCCUCCCCCAACUCUACCCCAGCUUCCAUGUGAUUAGAAUAUAUAUAUAGUAUGCUUCGGUUGCGGCUGUAUGGAUGAUUUCACUACUUAGUAGCUUAUGGUAUACAUAUUGGUGUGGGUAUUA